AUGAAGAAUGCUUUAGAUGAUGCUGAACAAACUAAUCACGUACCCCCCGACGUUAAAGCGAGAAACCCGAGUGCUUGGAGUGACUGGCACAAUUUGCAACGUGAUGAAAAGCAUAAAGGGAAAAAUAUUAGGAUGGUUAUUAAAUACGGUACCAAGAAGGGAUUAGAAGCCAUCACAGAUACAGCUCUGGGGAGCAUUUUUGCGGUUACGGAGACACAUUUAAGUGAGUUGCUAAACGGAGAUAAAGAUGGAUUUGAAUCUUUUGGCUAUUCUGAGGUAUUGCCCAUAGGUAAGAAAUGGGACUCUGCCGUGGGAUUAGCUUUUGUAGAAAGUUGUGCUACGAAAGGAAAUGGAUUUAAUACUAAAGCUUCCAAAAUAAAUUUGGAAAAAGCCUUUCUUUGGGCAGAUACUGCUUUGGAUAGCCAUCCGGAUAGGGACCUGUGGGCAGUUGGAUUCCUGAAUCUGGAGGAGUGGAAUCUAUGUCUUAGAAUUGUUCGUAAGGAAUCAUAUAAUACUAAAGCUGAAGCUCAAAAGGCUGCGCAAAGAAUUGGUUGCCCUAAAGGCUAUUGUGAUAAUGGGAUCUUGGAACAUAUAUCUCAUGAUGAGCUUUAA